GCGCGGUCACAGCACAACUCGUUUAGCUAUCGAGCUGCGCGUUUCCGUUCCGCGUCGAGCGCGUCGCGUAUAUAUAAUAACGUACGUAUAUACAUACAUAUAUACACGGCGAUUUGGAGUUUCGCGUGCGGCCGGACGUCGAGAUCGUCGGUUGCGUCGUCCGCCCCGACAUUUCUUCUCUUCGUUUAACGUUUGAUCCGCGGUGUACUCGCGCGUGCCGAUCUCUCCUCUCCCGAUCGCGCCGCGCGCGCGAGCGUCUUCCGCGGUGAAGUAAGUGACGGUUCCGGGGAUAAGGAGAAACCCAACGACGAUUCGGCCAUGCGAUUCUCGUGGAUGCUCGCGGCCACGGUGCUGCUAGUCCUGGCCACGGGGGUGACAUGCAAGAGGAAAUUCGACGGGGAUUUCGAGUUCGCCGAGGAGGACGAUCCUCGCAUAAUGAAAGUUGGAGACAAAAAGCGUUGGAUACACGACCCGAAUAGUGAGCUUUGUCGUCCACUCAACUGCAAGAAGAAGGAACUCUGCCUUUUGGAGGACACGUUCACGGCCGUUUGCGUCUCGAAAAAGGAGCUUCAUAAAUCAGGUGACAUAGUGAUUCCGAAAUCUCGUGCGGUUCAACAGCGACGGAUGAGAGCCGAAACCUCAGUCGAUUCCGACGACGAUGACGCCUUCUUUGAUUCCGAGGACGACGACGACGAUCAAGACGAAUCAAAAUGCCAGGAAUGUCCCGUGGUGAAGCCUACAUUCCUCUGCGGAAGUGACAAUCGCACGUACAGCUCGCCGUGCCGUCUCGAGUAUCACAACUGCAUUCACCAUACCUCCGUCCACAUUUUCUGCAAAGGUUUUUGUCCGUGCAAAGUCGCCGAUCUGCGAACGUACUCGAAGAAGACGCAGAUGCAGAGGAAGAAGAUGCUCAUGGGAAAGAUGGGCCGCAACCACGACUUCACCCUCACGCCCCACGACUUCAAUUACGAUAAUCAUCACUACCAGUAUCUUAAAUAUACGAAACGUGGCAAGGGACUCGCUAACGCGAACAGGUACGAUGACAAGCAUCUGAUGACCAACGAAGUCACGGACAAGACCCAGCCACCGUCGAAGGCGAUGUACAACGUGCAGUCACCAUCCCGAAAUACGGAUUGCCCGUCGUCGUCCAAGCCCGCGAUGGCCAAUCGCCUCCUAGAUUGGUUCUCCGUCGUGAUGGCGGAUUCCAAGCAUCGCCGUCAGCAUCCCAAACCUAAAGGUCACUUCCCAAUCGGUUGUCAGAGCGAGGUCAGGUGGAUGUUCGGACAUUUGGACAGCGACAGUGACGGUCGACUCUCACUCUCCGAGCUGUACGGUCUGGAACACGACCAGAAUGAACCGUGCUUGAAACCCUUUUUGGAUAGUUGCGAUACCGACAGCGAUAUUUUCGUAAACGGACCUGAAUGGUGCGGAUGCUUCUCUAAAGCCGAACGCCCGUGUGCCGCUGUGCGCAGACGAUCAUCCCCGGAUUCUGCACCUGCUUGUGAUUCGCGGGGAUAUUACCGCAGCACCCAAUGCCAUCGUGGCCUUGGUCUCUGCUGGUGCGUCGAUCCGCACGGCGUCGAAUUUGCUGGUACCAGAACGCGCGGCGCGAAGCCUGAUUGUGACGCAAUUGUGGACAAGAUUAGCAGCGGUGGACUCAAAACCAACAGUGUUGACCUCGAUGACGACGAAGACGGCGGUACCGACUCAGCUCAGGAUCUUGAGGGUUCAGCCGAUCAACCUCUAGAUUUCUAGACACGUUAGGAACGGCAGUCAGCAACGGAAGCGCAGCACCUUUAAUCGUGCAUCUUUAAGAGCAGAGAAUACGAGGUGAAGGUGCACGCACGUCCGCUGACUUCGGGAAUAGCCCGCCGAGUUGUGAUCAGAGGUGUUCUAUGUCCAUCGUCGGGCCGCCUAUCGAUCCUGUCGAGGUCGCGAUUCAUGCGCGACAAAACGAAACGUGAGCCUAAAUGAGUUCCGAGAGCAACGAAAAGACACGACGAUCAUUAGUUAUGGGAAGUUCGGAUCCGUAGCGAAUCAUGCUGCGUGGAACCGGCAGAGAUCGUUGUCGAAUCAUCGUAACGACCUUAGUCGCGUCCUUCGUCCCAAUUAGGAAGUUCCGAUCGACAUUAAAGUAGCGAGUGUCUUGCCAUGUCGUGCAAUAAUCGUGUAUGUCCAGCGGCAAACGGCGUCUACAGACGACUCUACGCAAUCGUAGAUCCUGUGCAAUCGUAAUUCCGUGCAAUAUCCAAUAGAGUCCGUGUAGAGAGUAUGCAGAUAUGGCCGAAAGUGCAUGUAUGAACGUGUGUGAGGAUUGCUGAUGACGGAGUGAGAGAAAGGGAGAAAAUUCCGCUGCGAGCCGCGCUGAACACCGACCGUUGGAUUACCUCCGUGCCUAUCGAGGUAUCUCCACGCACAAUUAAAAGUAUAAAUAUUAUAAUUAUUACGUAUCAUUUAUGUAUACACAAAACAGCAAAAGAAAGAUAUUCGUGAAAUAAGGAAGGAUCGGAAUAGAACGAGGUAAUUUUGUCAUAACACAAAUUGCAUUUAACAGAAAAACUACAAAUGAGAAAAACCCCAUAAGUGUACAAUUUCUAGAUUAACGAUUGCAACGUAAUGCUAAUUACGAAUUACGUGGUAAUGAUGCAGCAACUGAAUGAAAUCAAAUUGGUUGAGAAGAAAAGACACGAGAGCGAGGAGAAAAGGCGAGCGGAUAUGAAGUCAUUCUGCUACUGUCACACUUGCACACGCUGGAACUUAGUUAAAUCACUCGAAGCUAAUAGGCAAAUUUUCGUAGCUCUUGCCACUUCACUUUCGGCUGUGUUUCGCCGAACGCGGUAUAGAGAAUCUCGCCGUUAUUCUGCUUAAUUUAUUGCAUUCUCUCGAGCAAAUUCAGAAUGUUCUUUAAGUUAUUCUUCUUUCCCUCAACUAUCUUGCGUUAUAAGGUAGUAUAAGCUAUAAGACAUACGGAAUGAAAAGCGACCUAUUUCGUAAUUCGUUAAUGAUCCAUUUCAUACUACGCAGUUCAAUCACGAUCAUAAGACGUCGAGCUGGUUGUUAAGAAAUGCGUGAUCGCUUAUAAAGAUAACGUAAAGUAUUUAUUAUCACUCUUAUACAUUGCGCGACUCGAUUCGCGCAGAGUUAUGCAUUACGAUUCUUUACGUCCGCAAUCGGAACGACAUCCAUCGUACAAUGCUGAAGAGUUGUUUUCUACGAAGCUAGAAAAUGUUCGACAUCGUGAUUCGUCUGCAUUUACUGUAAUUAUAAGCAUUUUUACUUACAACUUUUACUUAAAAGAGUGUGUGGUACACCGUAGAUAUUAGAGUAACAAUGUAAUCCGUAGAAAAAAAAGAAAAAAAAAGAUCAGUGUGACUAUGUGAAUAUGCCCCUAGCGUUAGAAGGCAAUUUACGUAGAGAUAGCCGAUGCAAAAACUACACGUCUCAUUUAGACUGAAAGUGACAAUUCAUUUUGCAAGCCUAACGCGUUUCACACUUGGACAUGCAUUUCUUCUGCGAAGUAUUCAGGGAAAAUGAUACUCGUCGCGUAUCGAUCAAAGACAACAUUGUAUGUAUUGACAUUUUUGAAUAUGUCACACACAGAAUGUAUAUUUUAUUGUCUAUUUUUUAUAAACGUGUCUUAUUUCGACUUUAAUUUAUGACUAUAUGGCAAUCACUAUCAAGUAUUAUGACAAAUUGUACUUUUAUAUUUUUUUUUUUAUUCAAUGAAUAACUUAAUAUUUUGACAGUUUAUCAUUUUCACAGUUUAUCUAUAAUGUCUUGCCUUAAUGGACAUGGCGUAUUAAACUUGCGCAUUGAAGUAUGUAGAUGACACUUAAAAAUAUAUCUACAUAUUUAACUGAUAAACGACAUCGUCCGCAAUGAGCUAACGCAUAUUCCUUCCUGCAUCGAGCGCAAUUUGCAUUCCGCCUGACUUAUUGUACUGUCGACCUAGACUAAUUAAUAUAACUACAAGCGAACGUAACAUAGUUUUAUCGAGUCUUGCAUAUUGUAUAUACUGAUUAUAUACAAUGAAAAUCAUCGUCAGUGAUCUUCGUACCAUGAUGAUUUUUGUAAGGUAUGCACUUGAUCAAAGCGUAAAGAAUUUUUACUUCAUUCAAGAGCUACCGUAAAUAACUCACUUAAUCGGUAUUGUACAUGUGACUGUAAGAAUUCUUUAUGAAUAAAGAUUGUUGUAGAAA